CGAAAGCUUUUUCAGACAUCAACGUGUUUCACUACGCUUUUUCCGAAAUUUCACUGAUUAUUUAGUGAUUAUUUUGGUAAUUUUAAUUUACGCUAAAAUAAUAUCAAUUCAAUAGUCAAUAGUCAAUACACGUCAAGCCUCAGGUGGAUCUCGAGUAUUUUAUAUUUUUAUACGUAAAAGCUGAAUGUGGUAUUAUUCUCGGUGUAGGUAUUUGUAUCAGGAAGGAUAGAUAAAUGAAACAUUUUCGAAAACCAUUCAAAGUUCUGUUAUAAGUUGAAGUUUUGUGAAUUUUUCAUAAUUUAGUAAAUUACUUUAUAUUCAUAAUGGCUAGCACCAGCGAUUCAAAGAAAGCUCUGGAGGAAUGGGACGAUCAGGAACCUUCGAUAGGCGAAGACGUAUUGGAAAUGUCCAACGAUGAUGAGGUGAAGAGCAUGAACGAUUGUGACGAUUCGGAACCUUCGAUAGCUGGCGAAGACAUAUUGGAGGAGAUGUCCAAAGAUCAACUCAUCAAUAAAAUCAGAAUGCUCGAAAAUGAGUUGAAGAUUAUGAGAACCGAAUUGUCAGCAGAUACCGAUUCUCAAGAUACCGAAGAAGAUGGAGCUAUUGUGCCUAUUGGAGAACCAGAUGUUGGUGGUGCCAGAUCAUUUUUCGAUUUUGAGGUCCCGACAGCCGAUAGAUUUCAUCGUCUCUUUUCUCAGUUCGUGGCCCAAGUGAUCAUUAUAUUCUGCACUGUACAAAUUUUCUUGUUGACGACUUCGUACUUAUUGGGCGAUGUACAACAGGUUGAAUUUGUUAAUAGUACCUUAAAAAUUAUCGGUAAUAUUGCGACUGCUUCUUUGCUUCUUAUCUAAUGAUGGUUGUAGAUUAAUCUACGCAUCGAAGUUGUGGUGAUUUUUCAUUCAAUUCCUUUGUUUAGUGUGGGUAGGUUUAUGUUAAUUCAGCGGUGUUCAAUUAUGUAUUUCAUUUUGUAGUUUGUAGUUGUACCAAUUGUACCUACCUACCUAUACCUACCUACCUGUCUACCAAUAUAUAUAUAUAUAUUUUUUCAUGA